CUCCAAGCAUCAUCGUCGUCAAUAUUUAAUACGAAAAGAAAGAAUCUUCCAUUAUCGUCAAUAUGAGUAUAAGACGCUCAAGUAGAACGAAAAAAUCGAAUGCAAAGUCGAAAAAUGCUGUAGUGAAUGUAGGCGCUAGCACAACAUCUAGAAAAAGGAAGAGGCGAAUGGACGAUAAAAAUGAAUUGAUCCGAUUUGGUCCAAACAAAACCGCUUUGAAAGCCGGUGUACUUGAUUCUCUGAAUUGGAGUAGCAUUGAUACAGCAACACGUGGCAUGUUGAUGAUUUUGUUCAAAAGAGAGACUUUAGCUUCACACAGUUUAAGUGGGAAAAUGAGUAAUGCAUUUGUUAAUGAUAAAUUAAUUGAUAUGAAAGCGAGACCUCAGCUGGACCCAUUCAAAAUUGAAGACAUGGUUUACCUUAUGUGCAAGACAUUUGAUGUUCACAAGAGCAGAGUGCAUAAGGUAAUUACAAGGAAAUGUGGAACUGAACACCAUCUCAGAAAAGCGAAAAUGGAAAAGUUAAAGAAAAACUAUGAUUCUUCUUAAAUCUCUUGAAAAUCUAUAGACCAUGAACAUCUAUAGAAAAACUAAAAUAAUUAUUAGUAUUAUUGUUAGUUAAGUGUAAAAGUAUUAAAUAAAAAAUGAAAUUAUUG